GGCGCGCGUGCAGGGGUGGAUUUGCGACCGGGGCUGCCUGGGCUGCAGCCCCGGUCGCGGCCCAACAACGCGAGGAUGAGGGAAUAGGGAGGAAUAGGCGCAUGCGCCAUGCCCACAGCCGCCAGCCCCUAACCUAAGCUCCGGCAGCGCGCACGGACGCUCCAGCCUCCAGCAGAGGGAGCCGCCAGCCACCACCAGCGCGCAGCCCCAGCAGCAUGCAGCCGCGCACGGACGGCGGACACACGCGGCACCGGCGGGCGGCGGCCACCACGGUCCAGUUCCACGGCACCGCGCCACCAGCGGACCACCGCCCAGCAACGUCGCCGCACGGCCGCCCGCACCUCGCGUCCUCGCCUGCUCCUGCUCGCCUAGAGCGGCUGCCGGCUGGAGCCUGGAGGCCGGAGCCGCCGCCAGCAGCAGAGGCCAGACUCCAGAGCACUGCCGCAGCCCACAGCGACACAGAGGCCAAAGGGAAUAAGAUGGACAAAUUUCUCAUCAAGAACCAGAAGAAAGAUGUUUCUAUUUCUAAAACAAUUAGGACAAAUGAGAGCCGUGUAGAACAAAAGAGGCCACGUAUUGAGCUAGAUAUGGAUGAUAUAGUUGCAGAUCCUGGCCUUAGAAAACCAAUUGAUGAGUUCCCCCAUGAAAUUAGAGAUGAUGCUAAAAGAGCUUAUUUACAAAUGGGUCCAUGUCAACCAUUUGGUCAUACAUUUCCACGGACAGCGGGUAAUUCUCAAACUAGAGGUUUUGUUGAAUCUUGGUUCAAACAGUUCGAUUAGUUAGAGUACAGUGUACAGAAAGAUGCAACUUAUUGCUUUUAUUGCUUUUUAUUUAAGGCUCCAAGAACCAACAACUUUUGUAAAGAUAUAUUCACUAAAGUUGGGUUUAAGAAUUGGAAAAAAGCAAAGGAUGUAUUCAAGGAACAUGUCCAAGCAAUUGAUGGUUCUCAUAGUUAUGCGAGGAAACGUGCCCUCGAUUUUGCAAAUCAGAGACAAAGUAUAGCUCAUGUAUGGUCAUCGACAAGUGCAGCCGAAGAGGAGGCAUAUAAAGCACGUUUGUCUAUCAUGUUAGGCAUCACAAGAUUUCUCCUUUUGCAGGUUCUUGCUUUUCGUGGACAUGAUGAAUCUAAAACAUCAAGCAAUAAGGGUAACUUUUCGAUAUCUAUCUCAUAUAUAUGGCCACUGUGAGAUAUGCAAAAUUAAUAUGGUCCAUUUAUUUACUCAA